CUGAUUUUGGGUGGUUGGUUUAACAGGUAUUGGUAAAACUUUGCUAAGCCAAAUUCAGAUUUUUUCAAUGUUUCGGUGUUUUAAAUAAUUGGAAUGUUAAUUACAGACCCCUAAAUUCUCAACAUUUUAAUUUUAACAUGCUAACAUUUGUCAUUAUAAACAGAGAUUCUACACAAAGCAUCUAAGCAUCAUAAAAUACUUUAAUUCUGAACUCUAAACACGUCCUGCUGUCUAAACACUUUCAAAUUUCAGUUUGGGGCAUUCGAGUGGUACUAUGCCACCCCACUGCUGCAGGGAUCCAGGGUUUGAAUCCCCAGCGGUGCUAUCGGCCGUUCGGGUGUCUACAUACAAAUACAUUUGGCUGUGUCUGGGGGGGGGUGAGGUUGUCCUAGGCCUUGCGAUGGAUUGGUGUCCUGUCUGGGGUCUGCAUUGUAGCCAAUGGAUCCAAGGAACCAGUACUCACUGCGACCAUGUCCAGGUUGAAGUGGAGGUAACACUCGGGUACUCAGGUGGCACAGCAGUAACAUACGCUAACCCACCGGUGCUGAGAUCUCAAGCUCUCGAAUUUAAAUCUCAGCAAUGCUAUCGGCCGGCUGGGCGCCUACACAGACACACGAUUGGCUGUGUGUCUGUAGGGGGCGGGACGAUGGUUGACCAGGCUUCCUCGUUGAUGGGGCAAUUAUGACCUCUGCUGACUGGUCUUUGACUGGAAUAUGUUUAAUUUUGUACUGGUAGCAUCUAAUAUGUGAAAUUCUUGGGAUUUUUUUCACUUCUGUACAUUAUAGAAGUUUAAAUUUUGAAAAGUAUAAGUUUGUUUGGGUGUAAUUUGAUCUUCAGUCAGUUUUCACAACACUGAAACCAGUUAAGUGACGCAGGAACACAAAACUAAUAAUUCUGUUCCGAUGUUUUGUUGUUUUCCCUUUUUACCUCCUCCCACCCCCAUUUAUGACUUGUUUCCACCCCCCGGUGUCUAUUUGCAUUAUACCCGCAUGGCUUUAUUUAAUAUGGUUUCACCCACCUGUACCCGCCUCUCGUUCUCUCUCUGUCUGUAUUUCUACCCCUGCACCACCCUCGAUAUCCCCCACCCCCACCCCAGAUGACGGUGACUGCACCACGCUGGGUGAGGACGGGGCGGAGGUGCCAUCAAUCGCGCAGUCCCUUCCCCAUAGUGAGUGUCACAGGGCGGAGUCUGAAUGUAAUACGACCCCUCCCUCCUGUCAUACGCUUGACCCCGCCCGUGUAUCAUGCAAACGUCGCAGGGCCAGAGCGGCCCACUCUCAGGCUUCCCACGCAUCCUUCUCCCGUUCCCUUCGCCCCCCCGUUUCUCCCAACUCUCCCUCCCCGCCCCUGUGCCCGCUUGGCGCUGCCCACGAGUGCGGCGGUGGGUUAGAAGAGAGCUGGUUCAUCACUCCUCCACCCUGUUUCACUGCAGAGGGAGCGACGGCCGAGGCCAGUCCCAUGGAGGACCUGCUCAUCGAGCACCCCAGCAUGUCCGUCUACGUCUCCUCGUCCAACCUGGAGCAGAGCACCGCCGAGGUGGCUGAUGGCACCAGCAGGAUGUCUGAAUCCAUGCCAUCCCCGGUGCCCACCCGGCUGGCGCGAGGCUCGGCCUGUCAGGCGGCUCCUCUCGCCAAAGUGACUCACGCGAGCCGCGUUCAGAAGGCCAAGUCGCGCGUGGAGCGACGCCACCUGGCCCGCGGUCGCGUACAGCGGCAGAACCGCGUCCGCCAGCAGGUCCCGCGCCACACCACCCACACCCGCAACGCCUUCCUGCACCAGCCAUGCCAGCGUGGCCUCUGCCACUGAUUAACACUCCAGGCGUUGAACACAUCACCCGAACAACCUCCGGCCACCUUAUAUCAGCGACGACGAUGCCUCCUCUUUCUUCUGCGUUUUUAGACAUUGUGUUUGUGUUAGCGUUUGUUUACUUUCGCUUCAGCUACUUUUUUAUGCCACUAAACUAAAGGUGCUCAAAUCUAUCCGCUAGCAGUAGUUUCUGGUAUGCCAAUUAUACCUGGCAUCCACAGUGAGAGCAGCUGGCAUCAGUGUAGCAAAGCAGCAUCUCCGUAUCAGAUUCAGAGUCACACUGAGCAUGGACGAAGCUAAACAGGGCCAGGGCUGCAUUUUUAUUUCCUUUAUUUGCUUUUGUUUUGUUUUGGAAAAGUUUCCUUUUAUUUUUGUGUUUGGAAGGAAAGUCGGCGUCCUUUUCCGCGUCUCGAAUCCCAUCUGAUGCGUGACGGGGGGCUUUUACGACACACAGAAUGCUGAAGCAAGUAGAGGAAGGUGAGAGGACGGAUCAGAGAGAGGAAGCAGAUUAAAGAGGGGGGGGAGUUGAUGGAUGAUCGUUUUGUAAAGUAUGUUUUGUAACCCACCGAGCCGUCAGUUCACGUACACAGGAAAUAGAAGCUUUUUAAUUGGAAAAUCAAACCAGUGAUGAUGAACUUUUACUUUAUUUGGGUCGAAUCUCCACCAAUUUGGCACCAUCUGAUUCCACAGAGGUACUGGGGUUUGUUUAGACAACUAACAAAGAACGUUUUAGUGUUUUUUACUUUGUUUUAGCUUAGAUUAGGUCAUGGCAUUGAUAAUACAGACAGACCAAGGCUUUAAUCACACUAUACACCCCCCCCCCCCCCAAUAUUUAGAUAGGCUUGAAAUGCCCUGAUGUAAUAUACUGAUGUAAAAAUGAUGAAUAAACAUAUCCCACUCACUAGUUUUGCAAAAUUUUAGGAUAUGUCAGUGUUCCCAAUCGUUAGACAGCCUUCACAGUUCCUUCCGACUUUGCAGCAACAGUUUAGGGAUGCUCUUGCCUGUUCCAAUAUGACCGAGCUGUAUAAAGAUAGAGCCUGCACAUAGCCCUGGCCUCAGUCCCAGUUAACAGCUCUGGGAUGAACUGGAACACCAACUGAUCAAUCAGCGGGCACAGACAUACGUACCUUAAAGUCUUGUGAGAAGCUUUUCAGAAGAGCAUCUGUUGUCCUAGCAGAAAAGAUCACAUGCUUUGGUGUCCAAAUACUUUUGGUCUUAUGGUGUAGUAUCAGAUACCUAUAAUAUAAUCCUAUGAUUUGUAAGGCCAGCAUCCGAAUGUCAGGGGACACAAAUAUAAAAUCAAUAACGUUCAUAGGCUGUGUAUCUAAAUACCAGCAUUACAGGAGUAUAAGAGCUUCUGUGUAAGGCGGCUGCUGUGGGUUACAGGGUUCGGUGGUUCAGGAAAGGGUGUAGGAUCAUGUUAGGGGAACAAUUUUGGCACCUGAAGGUGGUGCACGCAUUGCAGUGGCUUAACCGAGCCCUGAAUUUGCUUCUUGGUGUCAGAAGUGGAAACCACAAAGAAGCAAGUCUAGACCAGGGUUUUUCAGACUUUCAGACAGUUUUUAAAGCGUUCGCGUACACUCGCUUACUUUCUUAACCGCUUUUAGGGCCGGGGGGGGGGGGGGUGUGUGUGUGUGUGUGUGUGACACACACACACUGACUGCAUGUUUUUGGACUGUGGGAGGAAACCGGAGCUCCCGGAGGAAACCCACACAGACACAGGGAGAACAUGCAAACUUUGCACAGAAAGGACCCGGACCACCCCACCUGGGGAUCAAACCCAGGACCUUCUUGCUGUGAGGUGACAGUGCUACCCACCGAGCCAACGUGCCGCCCUGUUUGCAAACAAGUUUAUUAAAUUUUUGGGAUUUAAUUUGUUCAGCUCUUUGAAAAAAAUCCUGGUCUAGACCUGUUUCUUAAGUGGUUUCUAUAAGAACAAAGUGUAUUAUGGGUGCUCAGCAUCUCCUGGGUUACACGGUUUGGUCACUAACCUCCUGCAGUGCAUUGUGGGAACUGUCCCAUUAUGAAUACGGUGCUGUCCCGCAGCCAGGUGCUAAAUCCCACGUUCCUUUAUCAGACGGUACGGAAGGCGACUCUUUAUUUUGCUUGGUUGUGUUUUAUUCUAUUUUUGCACGCCUCAGACCCCUGAUCUUCCUGUCCAUGCUCAGUGCUCUGACCCUUUUCUUUUUAGUAAACGUGGGACGGAUCUGUUCAAAACCCAACACGUGGCUGGAAUGGAACCACUGUGAUAGAAGUUCAGUGUUUACGCCACGUCCAGAGCAAACCUUCACACCAGUGUUAGGAGGCGACUCUGAAAGCCUGGCAGGGUCAAAGAGGAGAAAUAUACCUCAAACACCAACAUGAACAGCAUCCGUUCCUCUCUGUUAAGCCCCCAUCACAGCAGGUUUCUCACGUACACUGAAAAGUUCAGCUGCAAAGCAAAUUUAGUGUAGAAAUAAAGCGAGACUUGAUGUUUUAGUCAUCUGAGAUCAGUAGCACAAGUUCUGUGCUGUAUUGUGCUGUGUUGACCCUUGGAAAAGUUGUGCUGUCCAUGCUUCAAGCUUAUUUUACCAACAGCGACUUGACAGUCGAGACAGCUUCGCCCAAAACCUCCCAAUAUUUGCACCAGGGUCCUGAAUUGCUCUCCCAUUUCAAUUUGGGAAGUUGCCAGUGCACUCUCAGUGCAGGUCCUCAAUAGUAAUAGGAGGGUUGCAUCAGGAAGUCUGGUAUAAGGAUGAUCUGCUCUGACGACAUCUAUAUUUCUACAGAAGCAAAUAAUAAAGAAUUUAAAUAGCUAAAACACCUUUUUUGGGGUGUGAGCAGGGCUUUACACAGUGUUGUGCUUCAGAUGCUGAUCAGAUAAACCAUGGUGCUGAAAGUUCUUCGUAAACCUACGAGACUCGGACCCGAGUUUGCACUGUCUUAUUACGUUUUGAGUUUUUUAGCCGUGCGCGACUGUAGCGGAUGAGCAAACGAUGCUGAUGUGCAUGAUGUAUGGAUUAGCGUUCGUGUAUAUAACGUACAGCUCCUACAGUGUUGGAUCCACGCCUGUUUGGACUUGUUUUAAUGCUGAAUGAUGUCACGUCUAUCAAAACACAACCUUGUUUAGCCGAUAAAUUUAUAUAUUUAUUAUUUACAUCAUUUUACACCCUAGUCAAGGAUUCAGGAAAUGAGAAUAGGUGUAAAUCCUGAUUCUGUUCUGAUUCUUUUACCUUAUUACGUGCAUGUUAGUUAUUUAGCCAUCUUUUGCUUUUUAACCGCCCUAAUGACCGCUGGCACUGCCAGCUUUAGCAGCAAAAUGUACAAGCUAUUAAGAAAACUAAUAUAUAUUCAUAUAUUCCACUAUUUUCUUUAUAUUAUUCUUUUAACCCAUGUGUACCUUUAUUUUAUUCGUGAUGGCUGUAUGUGGGUGGAUCACAGGAUGUCUGAUGCCAUGCUUAAGGUUGCCCUUCUUUGAGCAAUCACAAGGAAGCACGUGCUAGCCAUUAACCCUCCCAGGUUGGUAACCUUUUAAGUUUGGUGAUGCCCAGAAAUACAGAGGUAUGAGGGCAAGAACAAAAGUAAAAGGUUCUCCUGUAGGUACUGAAGCAUCUUUCAUGCCGUGCUGUCCAUAUAGGGGCAGAUUUCAUCGAAUUGACCACAUACAGACGUCAAGUAGGCUUUACUCUUCAUUUCUGUUUAUUUGUUCGCCGCCCACUCCAGCCGUUGUUAUGUCCUCCAUGUUCUGUUCCUAUAGAGUUUGGGGUGUAUGUGUGUAUAUGACUAAUGAAGUGUGUGCAUAUAGAGAGCGGUGUGUUAUUCACCCCGGGGUAUUUCGGGGUGAACGGAGUAUGUAGCUAGCGUGACGUGAUGAACAUAGAGCGGGGCGGGGUAAUUUAAGAUAUCGUAAUAUGAAUUGAAAUCUAUGUGCUUGUAUUUGUAUCCACUAUGAUUAGAUGCAGAUUUGUUUUUAUUCACUGUUACCUGAUUAUAUUGUUAAAAACGAGGGGGCGGACCAGCCCACGCAGAGGCCGCGCUCUUCCGUUCCGGGGUUAUUUCAUGCCCUGUAACUAUGGCAGCUUUUCAAACACAGGGGUUUACCUUCAAAGGGGGGUAUUUCCUCUCGGAUGAGUACGCCCCCUUCCAAAAAAAACUAGAGUAUAUAUGGAAAAAGAAAAAAACAUGGAAUGGUGUAUUCGAUAUCUAUGGUGAUCGUGCCUUUCACUAUUCUGCAUGGUUUUGUUUGUGAAUUGCUGAGUUCUCGACCCUGUCUGUGUGGCCGCUGGUCCCCGGGCAGUAGGAGAGACCUAUGCAAAAGUAUGAGGACGGGGUUCCAGCAUCCGAACAGCAAUGCAGGAACCAGAAAAAAAGAAAUAAAAAAUAAAAAUCUCUCAGGAUGAAA